CACAACAAGGAAACAACAGGAAACUUUGCUCGGAAGCAGUUGGCUGCACGUUCCUCAGGUAAGAUGCCGAGAAGGUGGAUCGUCCUUUAAAGGAGAGAGUGUUCGCUGGAGGUGCAGAGUCAGUGAAGAUGUGGGGAGAAGUGCAUGCCGCGCUGUGGACCAGUCUCUGUCUCCUCUGGGCCUCAUCCGUCCUCGGAGCUCCGGCAAAUGCGCGGGGACAGAAGGUGCUGCUGGUCUCCUUCGAUGGGUUCCGGUGGGAUUACGACCGCAACGUGGACACGCCACAUCUGGACAAAAUGGCCGAGGAUGGGGUCAAAGCCCUGUAUGUCACACCUCCUUACCUCACUAUCACCAGUCCUACACACUUCACCCUGUUGACAGGCCGCUACAUCGAGAAUCACGGGGUAAUCCACAACAUGUGGUUCAACACCACCACCCUGGAGAAGAAGGCUUACUAUCCGACUCAGUUUGUGAACGAGUGGUGGGACAAUGGCACUCUGCCGAUCUGGAUCACGGCGCAGAGACAGGGCCUAAAAGCUGGCUCCCUUCACUUUCCCGGCACGGCUUCCAGUUACCAGGGACAGGUUGCCAUGGUGCGGGAAGUGGAGCCGCUGCGAUACAACUACAAGAAUGAGACCGCGUGGCGCGAGAACGUGGACAAGGUGAUGGGCUGGUUCAGUGACCAGGAUCUGGACUUCAUAUCGCUGUACUUUGGCGAGCCGGACGGCACGGGCCACAGAUACGGGCCCGACUCCCCGGAGCUCUGGGAGAUGGUCAAGCAAGUGGACCGGACGGUGGGCUACAUUCGCCACUCAGCUGAAGGACACGGGCUGACCGACCGCCUGAACGUCAUCAUCACAUCUGACCACGGAAUGACCUCGGUGUACCGAAACGGUCUGGUGGAAGAGAUCACGCUGUCCAAGAUCCCGGGCUUCUCGUUCAAGGACCUGUCCUUUCACCUGGUGGACUUUGGCCCCUCUGGGAUGCUGUUGCCGAAGCCGGGCAGGCUGGAGAAGGUUUACGACGCCUUGAAGGGGGCCCAUCCGCACCUCCAUGUGUUCAAGAAGGAGGAUAUGCCGGAGCGUCUUCACUUUGCCAACAACGAUCGUAUCCUCCCCAUCAUUCUAUGGGCCGACCCUGGAUAUGUAAUCAACGGGUAUUUCCCCGUUCAGUUCAACAAGGGUGAGCACGGCUUUGACAACCAGGAGAUGGACAUGAAGCCCUUCUUCAGGGCAGUGGGUCCAGCAUUUCACAAGAACCUGGAGGUGGGGCCCUUCGAGACGGUGAACAUCUACCCCUUGAUGUGUCACAUCCUGGGCAUCCAGCCGGAGGUCAACGACGGCCACCUGAAUGCCACCAAACACAUGCUGGUUACCAGCGCGACCACUCAGGGAGGAAAUGUGAAUUUCCUGCAAAAUGUCUUGACUGGAUUGUCUGCAGUGGCUGGAUUUCUUGUUGUAGUUUUUAUCGUGAUGAUGUCCCACAAAAUACUGCAGAACAAACGCAAGAAUAAAAGAUCACAGAGUUCAGAACAUCUUCCAGAGAAAGAAAAGACAAAACAAACUUCAUUCUGAUCCUCAGGAGGACAGAAGCUGCUCCACGGUGACGCUGAGGAACAGCUGCCCGUGUGCAGUCCUCCUGGGGGGUUAUUGUUCAUCCCAUGUGAGGAAAUGCACUCUGAGAACUACACAAGGAACACAGGAGCAGAGUUGUGCAAAAAA